UCAGGAAAUGAAACUCACACAGUCACUCUGACCGAGAGGAGAAAUGGAGCAGAACCAGCUGGACCGAGAAACCUUGUCCUGUUCGAUCUGUCUGGAUCUACUGAAGGAUCCGGUGACUAUUCCCUGUGGACACAGCUACUGUAUGAAGUGUAUUAAAAACUUCUGGGAUGAAGAGGAUCAGAAAGGAAUCCACAGCUGCUCUCAGUGCAGGGAGACCCUCAUACCGAAGCCUGAGCUGAAGACAAACACCAUGUUUGCAGCUUUAGUGGAGCAGCUGAAGAAGACUGGACUCCAAGCUGCUCCUGCUGAUCUCUGCUAUGCUGGACCUGAAGAUGUGGCCUGUGAUUCCUGCUCUGGAAGAAAACUGAAAGCCAUCAAGUCCUGUUUAGUCUGUCUGGCCUCUUUUUGUGAGAAACACCUUCAGCCUCAUUAUGAUGUGGCUCCACUAAAGAAACACAAGCUGGUGGAGCCCUCCAAGAACCUCCAGGAGAACAUCUGCUCUCGUCAUGAUGAGGUGAUGAAGAUGUUCUGUCGUACUGAUCAGAAGUGUAUCUGUCUUAUCUGUUUAAUGGAUGAACAUAAAGGCCACGACACAGUGUCAGCUGCAGCAGAAAGGACUGAGAGGCAGAGAGAGCUGGAGGUGAGACGAGAAAACAUCCAGCAGAGAAUCCAGGACAGAGAGAAAGAUGUGAAGCUGCUUCAACAGGAGCUGGAGGCCAUCAAGCACUCUGCUGAUAAAACAGUGGAGGACAGUGAGAAGAUCUUCACUCAGCUGAUCCGUCUCAUCCAGAAAAGAAGCUCUGAUGUGAAGCAGCAGAUCAGAUCCCAGCAGGAAACUGAAGGGAGUCGAGUCAAACAGCUUCAGGAGAAGCUGGAGCAGGAGAUCACUGAGCUGAAGAGGAAAGACGCUGAGCUGAAGCAGCUCUCAGACACAGAGGAUCACAACCAGUUUCUCCACAACUACCCCUCACUGUCAGCACUCAGUGAGUCUACACACUCAUCCAGCAUCAAGAUCCGUCCUCUGAGCUACUUUGAGGAUGUGACAGCAGCUGUGUCAGAGCUCAGAGAUCAACUACAGGACAUCCUGAGAGACGCAUGGGCAGACAUCUCACUGAGACUCACUGAGGUGGAUGUUUCACUGUCAGAACCAGAACCAAAGAGCAGAGCUGGAUUCUUGAGAUAUUCAUGUGAAAUCACACUGGAUCCAAACACAGCAAACAGUCAUCUGUUACUAUCAGAGGGGAACAGAAAGCAUCUGGACCUCCAUCUCAGGUCCUGGUUCCUCCAGAGUAGGAGUGUACCUGGAUCACAGAGCAGGUAUUCUGUCCUUCUACAGCGUCUCUGAAACCAUGACUCUCCUCCACAGAGUCCAGACCACCUUCACUCAGCCGCUACAUGCUGGAGUUUGGGUUUGUUAUGAAGGUUCUGCUGAGUUCUGUAAACCCAAAUAGACAGAAUCCACUGAAGGUUCAAUGAGUUUGAUUCUGGUUUUUAUAUCUCCAGCAGAUUAUUUUCUUCAUCUUUGUUGUUUUAUGUCUAAACUGCACAGAAAUCAAUAGUCAGAGAUUGUCAGCACUUGUUUUUCUUCAGAAUUGAUGUUCUGGUUCUGUUGGGUUUGUUCAUUUCUCAACAUUGUUUUCUAAACCAGCUG